AUGAACAAUCUCUCACUACGAGAGUUGCCUCUUGAGAUCCUUGCGUUUCAUAUCUUUCAAUUUUUGGAUGACCUGUGGUUAUUUGCAAAUGUGAGGAAGGUGUGUCAUGACUGGAAUGAUAUCAUUAUAGGGAAACAAUUAAAUAUUAUUUCUACAACAGAACACCAUUCCGAUACUGUUGUUGUUGAACCUCAUUUGGGAUUUAUUAAAAAACUAGAUGGUGUGGAUUUGAAACAACGAUCAUCUCGAUUUCUAGCCUUCUACAAGUGUUGCCAACAAGGAUAUUUCAAAAAUAUUCGUGAAUUGUGUAUGGGCGGUUUGAAUGAUGAGCAUCUCAAAGAUGACAAGUCCGAUUUCUUUUGUUUUUUUCCCGAAUUAACAAUAUUGGAUUUAUCAUGCAAACCUACAUUAUUUAAUAAUCAUGUUAGUACAUAUGGGAGAGAGGCAUUGUUGAAAGCUCAGUUAAAACAUCUGACCUACUUGAAUUUAAAUCAUUGUUAUCUGAGUUGGGACACGGCUGCAAGAAUAUUUCAAGUAUUAGGUCACACUUUGAAAUAUUUACAUUUGCGUCAAACACAGUUAUCGUCACGAAACUAUACACCUCUAAUGAAAAAACCAUUAUUAGAGCACGUGCAAGAAUUGGAUGUGAGCGGAAACAAAAUGAAUUAUGAAUUGUUAUUUUCAGCGGUGGGUCAGUCAUUGACAAGUUUGGACCUCUCCUCCAAUUCCAAUAUCAAUCAUGCGAUUGAAAUAAUUGCAAACAGUAAUCCUGAAAAGUGGACCAAUUUGAGAAUUUUGAAAUUACAAAAUGUACAUUUCAAUUAUGAGACUUUGGCAUUGUUGAAAAAAACAACAAAUCUAAUGAACUUGACACGAUUAGAUCUCAGAGGAAAUUUCACAAGUCAACGUGAAGCAAAAGAAUUGUGUGGAGUUCAAUCUUCACUUGUAAAUCUUGUUGAGAUUGAGCAUGAUUGUGGUGUGUUCCAACUUGGACAGUAA